AGGCGAUCCACGAACAUUCCUGUAUGGAGGAGGAGGCGGAUAAGGAGUUACAUCUGUGUUUGUUCAAUCACCACUUUUUCUCUCUCUUUCUCUAAUCGAAGUUUUUAUAUAUUUUGUACAAGAAUGUAAGUUCGACAUUAUGAAUACUGACAUUUUAUCACUUAGGAUAUAAUUGAAAAAAUAAGCGACGAAUAUAUCGGAUCCCUUAAAUAUGCUUCAAAAAGUGACAAAAAUACAACGAAAUCAUCAUUGAUGUCGUCGAAUUUUCGAAUACCAGCACUUACCACCGAAGUAUCCUUUAGAAAUGCCAAUGGGAUACAGUUAACACUGGAAGAGAAAGCAAGCACGAAUCUGUCAAAUGCCAACAUCAUAAACUUUGCGUUGCGAAGCGGAAGGCAUUUUAAUGUUAGUCUGUGUUUAACGUUAGUCUGUGCAAUUCUCUUUACAUGGAUUAUAUCGGGAGCUUCAGUUUCUCUCAUCGUAUCGGCGUGUAUUCUGAUACAGCAGUGUAAAUCAUUCGUCACCUCUAUCAAGCAGGAUACGCUAUUGGUUGUAGAAUCAGUAGGUGUACAUAUCGAAAGUAAGAGAGGAUUUGGCAUUUUUACAUCGACAGAAUUUUUACCAUGGGACAUAGUGGAAGAUGUAUUUAUUAAUGAAGUCAUAAAAGGACAAAGGGUGCUUUAUUGUCUUGCAUUUAUCGUGAAAGGAUCAGUCGGUAGGCAGGACUUGAGAAGAUUAGUUCCAGUGUUCCAAGAUCUAUUGCCUGAAAGAAAAUGCCUGGAAUAUAUGUACGAACGCUUAGCCAAUUUGAUUGGCUCGAACAAGAGAAAGAGUCUCUGUUAACCAUUCCUGGCUCUUAUUGGCUGUGUCACAAAAAGAACAUAUACAAGUUUAUCUUUAGAUACCACCGUACAAUGAAAAAUACCAUGCAAUUUUCAUACGGACGAGAAUUAUUAAAAAUUAUUAGAAGAAUCAUAAAGUGUCAUCCAACGCAAGGUCAACAAUUUGGCACGCAACACCUUCUUGUUACUUACAACUGUACAUCUUGGACUCGUCAAGACAAAAUGUUUGCAAUAAUGAAAUUCCAGCAGCGAACUAAUGCUGCGGCGUUUUCACACGCGUUUGUAUUAACUAUAAGAACUUUGUCGUCAACGGAAAACUCGUUAUUUGAUUUAAAAUAUCCCAUUGUUAAAGAAGCUGACGCCGGUACCACAUUUAAAGAUUUGAAUGCCUCUUUGGAUACUGAAGAGAAAAUGAUCAAUACCGCGAUAUCCACCACUGACAAAGUACCCCCAAGUAAUGCUGCAAUAUGUCAAAUUAAAAAAAUAGAUCAAAUUUCAAAAUAUAAUGCUUUCGAGGAUGUAUUGGAUCAAGCUUUGAAAACAACAAUCGAUUCUUUUCAAGAUGACGACAUAAGGGACUCUGCAAUCUUUCGUGAAAAUCUGGAUGAGAGAAUUGAAAGUGGCGCAACUACAGCUGAAAUGCGUCUUGUUGAUAAACAUAAUACAGAAUGUCAUAAUAAUAUGCAAGAAAGUAAGUCUAUAAACUGUAUUACUGAAAGAUGUGAGAAAAACAUAGAACAAUGUUCCACUGAGUGCGUACAAGAACAAUCUUUAAGAGCAAAGAAGACAGAUGAAAUUGAAAUUGAAAAGGCACAUGGAAUAGAAGAGGCGAAAGAAACAGAAUUGGUAGAAAUACAGAAACAAAAUCAACAUGUACAAGAUGUUCAGAAAUACAAAAUAUCUUCUUCGUUAAAACCUUCUCUUACAGAAAUAACAAAAGGUAGUGAUGAGUUAGACAGUUUAGAUGACAAAGAGAUGACCAAGGGUGAAAAUAUUGUAGAUUCUAGUAAUGUACUAACGUAUCAAUCUUUAAUUGAGAAAGAGACAGAGGGUGCAAAACCUAACUUGAUUAUGGAUCAACCGGUACAAAAGAAUCUGCAGACUGAGACAAAGGAUAUAAAUAAAGAUAUAAAUAAAGAUUGUGUUCAAAAAGUGAUUAAAGGGAACAACAAGUCUGUACACACAAAACAAAAAGAGAUUUGCAAUGAGAUGGCAAACUUAGAAGUCCAAGAGAAUGAUAGGCAACAUACUAAAACUACAAUGAAUAUUAACGAUAAACAAUCAGAAGAUAAUGUGCACAGUAGUAAGUCGUACAAAAUUCGUAAACAAAAAAGCAGAGAGUCCGAGAGAAAAACCAUACCCGACAAGGUUUUGCGUUCCUCUAAUAUUACCGAUUUAGUGAUGGAGGGCCUAAUGUUUACUAUACGACAAGAUCAGGAUAGCGUAGCCGUCAUUGAACAAAAGACCAAAUUAGAAGUGGAUGAAGUCUUGGAAAAUUCGGAGAAAGUUGAAACGAAAGCUGGAGAAAAAUGUUUAUUAAAUUCAAGCUUACUGAGGUUGGAGAACUUAGUAACCAUGAUCGACUCUCCACGCAAUAGAGACAAACAGCAUAAAAAUCAGCAAGAAAUCAGCAACGGUGCAAAUCUAUCGUCGUUUAAUGCUUUUCCUAGUGACGCUGUACAUAAUGUAAAUACUAAUUAUGUUGAUAUAGGAAUGGACAAAUCAAGUGUUUCUAAUUAUGAUAGGCAUAAUGCGAUGAAUCAUUUAAAUCUGUAUCAGCCGCAAUGGCAGCAUCAAUGCGUCCCCUUUAGCAUUAAGAAUAAUAGCGAUAGUUGCUCGGCAGGAAUAUCGACAGAAAAACGCGAACAAUUAAUGGAGUGGCAAGGCGAUGACAAUGGACAGGACAAAAAUGAUAAAAAUAACACCGAAAUGAGAAAACAAGAAGACGAUAUUAUUCCCGAGAUUUCAUCAUUUAAGAAAAUAAAUGCAGAACUGCGGGAUACAAAUUCACUGAUCAGAAAUAUCGAAGAGAUAGACAAACGUGAUAAAUUAACGGAUGGACAUAAAUCUGCGCUAUAUUCCUCAUUAAAUCCAAAUGGAAUGUCUACGAAAACAACUUCUGUAAUCUCUAAAGAAUCUAAUUUGAUUAACUUAUUUCAACAGGGGGCAAACGUACCCAGGAUAGUUUCGGACAAGGCUAUCACCACUAAGCAAAUGCCACCUGCCUUGCAGAAGGCCCUGCGACACACAUGUAGAGCACGUAGGUUUUCGUCAACAAUCGGCAGUGGAAUGUUGCAGCAGGACGAACAGAAAAUGCAACACAUGGCAUUGGCAGGGAACACAAUUUCCGAAGCGGAUGUCUUGUUGGAGGAUAAAUAUACGGAUCCUAAUAUAGCGAAUAACUCAUUGUCUAUCAAGUUAGCAAUUGAUUCUGAAAGACUAAAGCGCGACAACGAGAAAUCUCGUGUAACGAUCGAUAAGGAUGUUCCAGAGACUAGUAGAGAUACACGCGUGAAGAAUUCAAAGGGAAAAAACGAGACUCCUCGCACUUUACGAAGGAGUUCGUCAUCAAAGCACGGUUCGCCGAGAAAAUUACAGGAUAUCACAGAGGAAUUUUAUUACGACCUAUUGCAUGUACAUAACAAAGACAAUGCCAUUCGACAGAGAUGCCUCAGGCAAAAACAAAGGUCUUUGAACAAUCUCGACGGCAUUAAAAGUGGCGGUAAAGUGCGUAUAGAAAUGUUAAAGUUUAUUCAGGACAUCACGGAGGGUGCUAGAGUGGUGGUGAGACGGCUGAAUAUAGACAAUAAACCCAAUUAGAUAAAAAUUCUAUUUCAAUUUAACAAUGUGCGCUCAUUAAAAAACGCCGAUCUAUGUAUAAGGAAAUAGCUUAUAUCACACUCGCACUCACAUACACUUUAUUGUACGUUACAUAAAUACUACAUAUUCUCUAAAUCAUGAUAAAUAGGUAACAUAACUUCUGAUCACACUUAAUAUCUUACUCUUAUCUUAAUCCUUAUAGAAUUGAUUAAUAAACAUGCCGUUGCCAUUAG